GUAAUGGAUAUAUACUGCUUGUGUUGUUUUAUUUUUACAGGUUGUGCCGAUACGAAGGCCUGACUCUCCAACGGGUCACCUGUACAGCAAGAGCAAGAGCAAGGAGAGACCAAGAAGGCCAAGAAGGAGAAGAAAUCACCAAAUGACUGGCCCUUUCACUUGGCAGCAUCAACUCACCAUUCAGCCGCUGACCCCCAGUGACAGACUUCCGGGAGACUGGAAGGUUAGCAGAGCACACGUGUGGCAACCAAAGAGCAGCUGUUAAGUAGCAGAUGAGACAUAGAAAGGUAGUGGUGUCCACCAUGCUGGGAGGAGGACAGCGCUAAGUGACGGCACCCGACUCUGUGUGUGUGUGUCCUGACGUCCACCGCUGGUGCUGAAGUGAGGGUCUGAGGUGGGCAGCACAGGGCCAGAAGACAGCACCCGACUCUGUGUGUGUGUGUCCUGACGUCCACCGCUGGUGCUGAAGUGAGGGUCUGAGGUGGGCAGCACAGGGCCAGAAGACAGCACCCAACUCUGUGUGUGUGUGUCCUGACGUCCACCGCUGGUGCUGAAGUGAGGGUCUGAGGUGGGCAGCACAGGGCCAGAAGACAGCACCUGACUCUGUGUGUGUGUGUCCUGACGUCCACUGCUGGUGCUGAAGUGAGGGUCUGAGGUGGGCAGCACAGGGCCAGAAGACAGCACCUGACUCUGUGUGUGUGUGUCCUGACGUCCACCGCUGGUGCUGAAGUGAGGGUCUGAGGUGGGCAGCACAGGGCCAGAAGACAGCACCUGACUCUGUGUGUGUGUGUCCUGACGUCCACCGCUGGUGCUGGUGCUGAAGUGAGGGUCUGAGGUGGGCAGCACAGGGCCAGAAGACAGCACCCGACUCUGUGUGUGUGUGUCCUGACGUCCACCGCUGGUGCUGGUGCUGAAGUGAGGGUCUGAGGUAGGCAGCACAGGGCCAGAAGACAGCACCCGACUCUGUGUGUGUGUGUGUCCUGACGUCCACCGCUGGUGCUGAAGUGAGGGUCUGAGGUGGGCAGCACAGGGCCAGAAGACAGCACCCGACUCUGUGUGUGUGUGUCCUGAUGUCCACCGCUGGUGCUGGUGCUGAAGUGAGGGUCUGAGACACUUGCUGUGCUCAUCACUCACUGUCCUUGCUCCUUGGUGCAUCCUUCCCUUCACCUGCUUGCUUGGUCCCUGAGUAGCGGUGAGGAAGACUUGCUGCCCCCUCGGCUGCAAGGCCGGGCAGCAGCCUGAGUGGCCAGGAGCAGCAGAGCAGACUGCCACUGGUGUGAGGAUCAGGGGCGAUCAGAAGAACCACCACCACCACCACCACCCUGCUGCUGCUGCUGCCUUCUCCAGCCAUAAGGAAAGGGAAAGUUUGAGUGGAAGGACUGUGAGGCAGUUUGGGACUGAGAGCAAGUUCAUCAGACACAGCCUUGCACACACUGCUGAGGGAAAGCAUGAGUGCCAGGAGUUUGAGGAAAGACUCCCUGGGAAGGGUGACCUCAACAAAAGCACCCACGCACUCGGGUGAAAGAAAUCAUGAAUCUCAAGGUUGUAGGAAAAGAUUGGGUGGGAAGGAUCACCUCAACACACACACCCUUACACACACUGGAGGAAAAAAACAUGGAUGUGAAGUUUGUGGGAAACGUUUCCAUCUGAAGGGUGACCUCAAGAGACGCAUCCUUACACACACUCGUGAAAGAAACCAUAAAUGUGAAGUUUGUGGGAAAAAGUUCAGUUUGAAGUGUAACCUCCAGACACACACCCUUACACACACUGGUGAAAGAAAACAUAAAUGUGAAGUUUGUGGGAAAAAGUUCAGUUUGAAGGGUAACCUCCAGACACACACUCUUACGCACACUGGUGAAAGAAAACAUAAAUGUGAAGUUUGUGGGAAAAGCUUCACUCAGAAGGGUCACCUCCAGACACACACCCUUACACACGCUGGUGAAAGAAAACAUAAAUGUGAAGUUUGUGGGAAAAGAUUCACUCAGAAGGGUAGCCUCCAGACACACACCCUUACACACACUGGUGAAAAAAACCAUGAGUGUGAAGUUUGUGGGAAAAGAUUUAAUCGGAAGGAUAGCCUCCAGACACACACCCUUACACACACUGGUGAAAGAAACCAUAAAUGUGAAGUUUGUGGGAAAAGCUUCACUCAGAAGGGUGACCUCAAGAAACACACCCUUACACACACUGGUGAAAAAAACCAUGAGUGUGAAGUUUGUGGGAAAAGAUUCCUUGUGAAGUCAUGGCUGAAGAGACAUGGCAUAAGACACUGUGGCCACAAAGGGUUCCAGUGUGAUGCUUGUGGCAAGCGAUUUAUGACAAAAGGUGAGAUUGCGAGACACGUGAAGAUUCACCUCUGAGGUGUUGUGUUGUGCUGCUGUGUGUGGGAGAGAGCAGGUGCUGGAUGGGGCGUUGUCUUGCAUGGAGAACAGAACACAUGGCCCAGAUAGGGAAUCAAAGGCAGGUUGCAGAGUGUCUGCAAUUUUGAAAAUUUAAGAAGAAGUGUGUGUGUGUGUGUGUGUGUGUGUGUGUGUGUACCUAGUUGUAAUUUUACAAGGCCUGGGCUUAUGCUCGUGUGGUCCUGUCUUCAUAUCUGUAUUUGUCCAGCUUUUCCUUAAAGUUGUGCACACUCUUUGCUGAUACUACAUCCUCACUUAGUCUGUUCCAAACCUCUAUGUUUCUUUGCAGGAAGGUAUAUUUUUUUACAUCUCAAGCAUCUUCCUUUUCUCAAUUUAUUACUGUGUCCUCGUGUGUUGCUGGUGUUUCUUCUCUUCGUAGCAACUCCACAUUAUCUGCUUCUUCCAUUUUAUUCCACAAUUUGUAAAUUAGUAUUAGGUCUCCCCUUUCUCUUCUUUGUUCCAGUGUUGGCAGGUCCAUUUCCUUUAACCUUUCUUCAUAUGACAAUCCCUCCAGUUCUGGAACCAUCUUUGUUGCCAUCCUUUGUAUUCUUUCUAGUUUUUUCUCGUGUUUCUUCUCAUGCGGAGACCACACAGUUUCUGCAUAUUCCAGCUUUGGUCUAAUCAUAGUGGUAAUCAUCUUUUUCAUCAUAUCUUUAUCCAUGUAGUGGAAUGCUAUUCCUAUAUAUCUCACCAUUCUAUACAUAUCUCAGAAUAUCAUAUUUACAUGACUCUCUGACUUGAUUAUUUUGUAUUAUCACUCCCAGAUCUCUCUUCUUGAACUUUUAAUAUUUCUCCAUCUCCCAUUCUACAUGUCCAUUUUGGUCUCCCUUCACUCUUUCCCAUUUCUAUUACAUGACAUUUCUUCACAUUGAACUUCGUCUCCCAUUUCUUACUCCAGUCCCAAACCUUAUUCAGGUCCUCUUGCAGAAUUUCAGUCUUUACUAUUUCUUAUGUGUCUCAGCAGUUUUGCAUUGUCUGCAAACAAGCUCAUGUAACUAUUUACUUUCUUCGGCAUGUCAUUUAUAUAUACUAGGAAAAGUAUUGGUGACAGUACUGAUCCAUGGGGCACUUCACUAUCUACAUUUCUCCAUUCCGAUUUCAUGUCCUUUACCACUGUUCUCAUUUCUCUUCCCUUUAAGUAACUUUACAACCAGUUUUUCAUUUUCCCUUUCAGUCCUCCUCUAUUUUCCAGCUUCUAUAAUAGUCUUGCAUGUGGAUUUUUGUUGAAAACCUUCUUCAAGUCCAAAUACAUGCAACCUACCCACCCGUCCCUCUCCUGUGUUAUGUCCGUCACUCUCGAGUAAAAGCUCAAUAAGUUUGUUACACAUGAACGCCCUUGUCUAAAGCCAUACUUUUUUUUCUAUAAUUAUAUUGUUUUACAUUUGUUUGUGUGUGUG